AUGACCCUACACCAGGCCGGUUACGUGAUGCUGAUGGACUACCUGCUGGAGGUGUUCUGUGAGGUGAUGACCCUACACCAGGCCGGUUACGUGUUCUGUGAGGUGAUGACCCUACACCAGGCCGGUUACGUGAUGCUGAUGGACUACCUGCUGGAGGUGUUCUGUGAGGUGAUGACCCUACACCAGGCCGGUUACCUGGAGGUGUUCUGUGAGGUGAUGUCCCUACACCAGGCCGGUUACGUGAUGCUGAUGGACUACCUGCUGGAGGUGUUCUGUGAGGUGAUGACCCUACACCAGGCCGGUUACCUGGAGGUGUUCUGUGAGGUGAUGACCCUACACCAGGCCGGUUACGUGAUGCUGAUGGACUACCUGCAGAACAACCACCGGGGGCAGCAGAGGCAGUUCCGGGGCCAGGUCUUCUGCUCCUACACCGGGACCGAGGACGUCCACAGCCCAGGAUUGAGCAGCACGGAACGGCCCAUAAUCUUGGUGGCGGGGGGGAUUAAUCCGAGAGUGUGUUUCCAGACGGCUCACUUUUACAUCGACGACGUCCCGUCAGCCGGAGAAACACCAACCUCUGAUAAGGAAACAGCGUUUCCCGUAAAGGACUUUGUCAGUCAUGUGACAGAACUCCACAGAACUCAGAGCUUCCAACGAGAGUUUAAGGCUUGCACAGUGGACAUGCAGAUGAAAACCCACAGCUCCAACUUUCCUGAAGAAACUAAAGAGACCGACACCACGGCUGAAGACCGCCACAGGACGCCGCUUUUACUGGAUUCUGGUGAAGAAGGGAAGUCGACAGACCGCAUCAACACAAACUAUGUGCAAGGCUUAAAGGGGUCCCAGUCCUAUAUCACCACCAGAGGACCUCUGGCAUCCUGCAGAGAGGACUUCUGGAAGACGAUCUGGGACCAGAACGUUGGCGUCAUUGUGAUGAUUAGCGAUCAGGAGGGAAAAGGAAAAAGGGGGGGGGGCAGGUUCUGGCCCUCGGAGACCCAGGAGGACUACGGAAGCCUGCUGGUGACAGAGAAGAAAAGCAAAGUCCGAGCUUUCUACACCCAGAGGACGUUCACCGUUAGGAGCACCAAAAAGUGGUGGGAAAAAAGGCUUCUGGCUAAUGUGGAUGGGAGGAAAGAGCACUCGGAGCCGGAGGGCGUUCAGGCGGUUCCCUAUAACCGCAGCAGCCUGCUGGUGACGUGGGAACGCCCCCGCGUUGUUUACGACGCAAACAUCGAGAAAUACGCCGUCAGCUUUGGACCGCCCGGCCCCGAGAGGCCCGCAGAAUACCUGACCGACGGGGACCAGGAUGUGGGGGCAAUGCUUGACAACCUAAUGGCCAACACCAGCUAUGAGAUUCAGGUGGUGGCCGUCUGCAUCAAUGGUCUCUAUGGACGCGUGAGCCCCCCCCUGACCGUUGUCAUGCCAACGGAGAACCCCGAGAAAGAAAUGUAUCCAGAUUCAUCUGAAUUCGAGGAGGAGGACAACUAUGAACCCGACCUGACUUGGAACGAAGUAGAGCAGAUCAACAAUUACAAUCUCAAAGGGAGUGCUUUAGGUUCCCCAACAAGCACAACUUCUGCAUCUCCGUUUUCAACCCGGUCCACCAUCAGAACUUCUACACCAGAGUUGGACCAAAGAAGAACCACCACCGAUGCAAUUCCCUCUCAGAGGUUCAUGGAAUCUGGUCAAGCACCGAGCCAUUCGGAAACGACUUCAUACCGGGUUUCUUCGAAGCCACCCGAGAUAAUUAAAUCAGUGGAAAUUCUCGGGAGUGCUGGGUUUAGUAGCAAAUCCCCCUUUCAAACUACGACAGAAGGAUCUUUAACUACCACUCCAUUAUACACCAACAUAAACACAGAGAAAGGAAACUAUAUCGUUGAUCCUUCGGAAGUCUCAAGCACAACGUCAGAAGGUGUAACGAGUUUUUCCGAAUACGAUACCAUAGCGAACACAGAGGGAUCUUAUAGUCGGGGUAUACAUAAAACAACGACAUCAUCCUUUAUCCCGGAUGAGUAUGAUCCCACCAUGAAUGGGCCCAGAGAUCUUCCAAAGUUUGAGACAGAAAAAGCUAACUAUAGCGUCGACACCUCCAAAGUCUCAAGCACGUCAGAAGGUGUAACGACUUUUUCCGAAUACGAUACCAUAGCGAACACAGAGGGAUCUAUGCAUAGAACAACGACAUCAUCCCUUAUUCAGGAUGACUAUGACCCCACCACAGAUCUUCCAAAGUUUGAGACAGAAAAAGGAAACUAUAGCGUUGACCCCUCCAAAGUCUCAAGCACAACGUCAGAAGGUGUUACGAGUUUUUCCGACUACCCUACUAGAGCAAACAAAGAGGGAUCUUAUAGUCGGGGUAUGCAUAGAACAACGACAUCAUCCUUUAUCCCGGAUGACUAUGACCCCACCACAGAUCUUCCAAAGUUUGAGACAGAAACCUCCAGUGGAAGUGUUCAUCCAGGUCCCAAAAGUAGCGGCAUACCUCGUCCUUCCUCCACCACGAUCUCUGUUCUGCUGAGUACCGUUCUCUUGCAGGGAACCCAACUAAUCCCCAACGGUGAGCACACGUCUGUCUUCUCUUCUGUAUUCUCCUUUGGCUCCACACCUCUGAGCGAAAACCUGGAUUCGAACCCCCCACCUUCAACUUACUUGCAUGAACCUCCUGCUUCCGUGUUCGAUUCGAUCUUUGGGUAUACCGACUCCUCCGCGGUUUCCACCCUUUUUGCCACUCCCCUUCCCCACCUCCAUCAGCCCUCUCUCUCCCUGGACUCUGUCCAUCCUGGUGUCAAAACUAGUAAUGGCCAUAGAGGUGUUGAUCUUCUUUCUGGGUCUUCACUUGCUCCCUCUGGAACCAAUGAACCGUCCCGGUUUUUCAAGGACUUGCCCUUCUCAAAAGUGUCCCUCCAGCCCUCCCUGUUUCUCUCCACCGACCUCGUCCAGUCCGGCGCCACCUCUGGCCUAUUGAGGACGGUUUCGUUUGGUUUCGAGGACUCGUGGUACGCCACAGGGAGCACGAUAACGUCUUUCCUUCCCGAAUUAAGGGGCGAUGGGAUUUCUAUAGCCAGCGAUGUGGAUGUUAUGUGUGGCUGCUCACUGGGUCCGUCCUCCUCCUCCUCCCCCUUUUUGCAUGUCUCUACUCAUUCCCCAAUGCCUUCACAAGCCUGGAACUUUUCUAGUUUAGGGCUUUUCUCUGGUGUGGAGGACUCUGUUUCAGCCUCUGGUGGUGGUACUGAUGGCUUUCUGAACUCUGUGUCUGUGUUGGGUUCGGAUAGUCUGUCUGUAGACCAACUUUCCUUCAGAUCUAGAACCAGGAUGGUGUCUUCUGGACAGUUUGAGAUUCUAGGAACCGCCCAGAGUGACUUGCAUGUUUCUAUUACAGCCACGCCCGCAUCUAAGAGCAACCCGGGGUUACAGACCUCCUCCUCCUCCUCCACCCCCCCCCCCUCCCCCCCCGCCCCCCCCCCCCCCUCAGACGGACAGCCGUUAGACUCCAGCAGCACGGACGCUGGUUCGGGAUCGUUUCCCGAUCUUUCGGGCGAAACGAAUCAGGACUGGAACCAGGUUCAGACCUCCACCUCCGGGGAGGGCAUGCACCCGUAUUCCACCCCUCCCCCCCUCACCACCACCCAGGAGUCCGGCCAGACCCCCGAGGAUCUGGAGGAGCAUUCCUCGGCGUUUUAUUUUGAAAGCGGCAGCGGCAGUGGCGGCGCGCUAACGCUAGAAGUGAGCGACGUGACCCCGGCUUUACCCUGGUCAGCGGGCAGGGCGGAGGGGAGUGGUUCGGGGAGGGGCGAAAUUAUCCUCAACGAGGAGACUUCCUCUGACUUCAAAAUCAAAGUUCAGUUGGAGAAAAUCCAAACUCAACAGAGAUUAGCCCCAGCUGAGAGGAGGGCCGUGGUUCCUCUGGCGGUGGUUUCCACUCUGACCGUCCUCAGCCUCAUCGUGCUGGUGGGGAUCCUGGUCUACUGG